AUGUCCAGCACGAUCAUCUCAUCUUUGGUUAAAGAUCACAAUGUGCGAACGACUGCUGUGUGGCAGGUCAUUUUGGCGGUCUUGCCAGUUCCCGGCGUGGUGUUGGGGGCCUGGCUCACUAAUGCGAUUGGACGUCGCUGGACUGGAAUUUUGGGCUUCGCUGGAUAUGUUGUGCUUGGUUUCAUUAUCGGUGGCACAUAUUCGAAGCUUUCUCAAAAUAUUGCCGCCUUCGUUGUGCUGUAUGGUCUGUUGCAAGCAUUCGGCCACAUGGGACCUGGUGCCACCAUUGGGCUUAUAUCAUCUGAGUCUUUCCCUACUGCCAUGAGGUCUAUGGGAUAUGGCGUCUCGACAGCCUUCGGUAGAACAGGUGCUGCUGUUGGUACUCAGUGCUUUACCCCCCUGCGGGACCAUGCUGGUAACAGCUCCACCUUUUACUUGGCUGGCGGCGUCGCUGUUCUCGGCAUGACGGUCUACUACUUGUUACCUGAAAGUGGAGAUUUGGAUUUGGAGAAGGAAGAUAAGGAGCUUAACGAAUAUCUCAUGCAGCACGGAUUUACGACCGAUGUGAAAGAGUGA